GGUGUCGGGCGUUGAGUUGAGUAUCUUCCACUGCAACCGAGCUGGGGCGGACUGAAUGCUACGACCGGCUAUGGCUCCCGAUCUGAACACUGUGUUGCAGUCGCAGCGGUUAAGACAUGCGGCUGUUAUGGGUGAAAUCACAGGGACUGAGAGGUGCUUCGAGGCAUUACAGCAGCUGGCCUCACAGGGAGAGUCCUUUGACAUUGUGGUCAACAUUCAGGGUGAUGAGCCGUUUAUUGAAUCUUCGCAUAUCGACUCCGUCGUUGCCACCGUUGCGAACCACAGUGCUGAUAUGGGGUAUAACCAAUAUGCUCUGUAUUUCUCGAGGGCGAUGAUUCCUCAUAAUAAGGCUGGCAAGUAUGAUCCAAGAACACAGUACUGGAGGAAACUAGGCAUAUAUGCCUACAGGGCAGAUUUUCUGAAGACUUAUCUGAUGCUUCCACCUAGCAGUCUCCAGGUUGCUGAGGAUCUGGAGCAAAAUAAGGUCAUCCAAGCUGGUUUGAAAAUUAAGGUUGGCAUUGUACAAACUGGCGUUCAUGGUGUGGACACCCCAAGGCAGCUGCAAGAGCUUGAGAACCAAAUGAUGAGCUGCCAUGCUGGUGACUUGGACAAUAUGCCCGUCGUCGGCAAGGAGAACAUAUCGCCAUUCACUCAAAUAACUAUCUGAUGAGCUUACUCCGCUGUCAAACCUUAAGCCACCAGUAGUCGGCCCAGCUAUCGGCCGCUGCCGCUGAAAAACAAUGAGUAGAAAUGUUUCUAGGCGGAUGAAUUUGGAUUUGGGCACUCCUGUAGUGGCCCGUUCGUUUCCUAAAAUUGUGGCUUGUAUAUGGGCACGACUCAAGGAAGUACUGGUGGUUUAAACUUUAAACCGCUUGUACACGGCCCCAGCCUUGCAGAAAGCUUUUGUCGCCACAAGGAAAACAUGGAGGUGCCACACCGCCAGGGGCACCGUUAAAAAUACAAAAAUCGGCGACCACCGAAGUCGUGCGGGUUUCAUGCUGACACCCGCGGGCCUAUAGACACUCCUCGGGGACGUGAUUCCAAGGAUUUCAUCUUCGUUCCACCUGUCCUCGGAGAUGAAAUCAGAAAUGAAAAUGUGAAAACACU